AUGACUCGCCACGUCAAGUCCAAGCCGGAAGUUCUGCGACUGUACCGCGAGAUUCUUCGGACUGCGCGGCGAUUCCAGUGGCCAAAUGAGAAAGGAGAGUCAUGGGCCAAGAUAUUGAGCACGAAUGCCCGCAUGGAGAUUGAACAAUCCCGCCUAGACACGGACUCCGAAGUGAUCGCUCGAAAGGUAUUGGCAGGCUGGGAAUGCCUCAAGCAAGUCCAGGAGAAGAUGGCGGAGAAAGCGCGGUCGUUGAAUAGCUCGGAGCCAAGCACAUAACGGAAUACGCAAUGUGACUGACGUGAGUUCUGACCGUG